GGCCCGGCUGAGCCGCCUAGAGUUGCGUGCCGUCUCUGCUGCUGCCACUGUCACCUUUCCUUCCGCGUCUCCAACGUUUCGCGCUCCACUACGCGGCUCUCCCGGACAGUGCGCUGUGCGGAAUCCCGGCAGCCCCUCUCCACAGGACCCCCCAAAAGGGGAGAGCAAGACUUUUUAUUGCUGUCCCCCGGCACCCUUUUGCGCGCAGGAUGGAGACCCAAAGCGGGUGGCUCUUCUUCUGGGCGCCGCUCCUGCUGGUGCUGGUGGCACUGGCGCUGGAGCUCAGCCCGCGGGCCAAGUUCAAGGCGAAGAUUGGCUUCUACUGCGUCCUCUGCGUGGUUGCCUCCACCUUCACCGCCCCCGUCUGCCUCCUAUGGAACCGAGGAAGGACUGUCCACAACAUGACGAUCAUCAAAAAUGUUGUCCGUAGCUUCAAGUACUUAUAUGGGCUGAGGUUUGACAAGAAGGGCCUAGAGCAUUUUGAGGUCGAGGGGCCCUGCGUCAUCGUCUCGAACCAUCAAAGCAUCUUGGACAUGAUGGGCUUGAUGGAGAUCCUCCCAGAACGCUGCGUCCAGAUCGCGAAGCGGGAGCUCCUCUACUUGGGCACGGUGGGCCUCAUCAUGUACCUGGGUGGUGUCAUCUUCAUCAACCGGAAGAGAACCAGCAACGCCAAGUCUGUGAUGACCGGAGUGGGCCAAGCCAUGAUGAAAGACAAUGUCAAGGUGUGGAUCUACCCAGAGGGUACCAGGAACGGGAACGGGGAGUUGCUGCCGUUCAAGAAGGGAGCUUUUCAUCUUGCCAUUCAGACACAGGUCCCAGUAAUUCCUGUGGUGUAUUCCUCCUUCUUAUCAUUUUACAAUUCGAAGAAGAAUCUCUUUACAUCAGGCAGAGUCCAGGUCGAAGUCUUGCCCCCCAUCCCAACCCAGGGUCUGACUACCAUGGACGUUGAUGACCUCACCAACAGAUGUUACAGCAGCAUGAGGGAAACCUUCCUCAGGCUGUCGGGGAGGCCCAGUGAAGUCAACGGAGAGGCACCCAGCCUUGCACAGUGACAACCUUUUGAAGGCCCCAGUGCAAAAGAUGCACACCUUUCAAAACAACCUGUUGCCAAAAAUGAAACUUUGUGGUGAUUCUUCUUUGCUUAGGAUGGAGGGGGGAAGUUUGCAAACUCUUCCUCAAAGUCCUAGGGAAAGGGAGAUGGGAAAGGGAACGCCUCUGUGUAUAUCUAUAAUUAUCAUUCCUGUUCUCGUCUUCGGCUUCCCUUCCCCAGACCAGACACCACCAACGCACAGAUUAAACUCUCCAACUUGAUGCUGUGACUCUUCAGAGUUUUGGGGAAAAGCCUCUUUGACUGUCCAAGAUCCAGGCAGAAACGUAUUCUUUCUCUCUCUCUCUCUCUCCUCUGCUUACUUGAAAGGACUUGGAUCUCACCUGUUCAACCAUUCCCUGUGUUCUAGGGUUACUGUUCCUUUAACCAUGCCCCAUCUCCAUGGGGCUCUAGGUGCCCCCCCCAUCCCUUUGGAGGUUGAGGACAGUGUUAACAACUUUGCCUCGGUUUGUAUAACUGGACAGCGAAUUAUGAAAUGAUGUCUCCCAACAUUGUGGAGGUAUUUCACUGCUUGGGGUAUGCGUUUUCCACACACACAUUCCUUAGACAUGCAAUUUCUCCCUUCCUAAAUAUCAGUGCACUUCCAAAAGUCUGGGACCCACUUCUCAUUGGGUGGGAGCAAUGUCCCGAAAUGGGUUUCUGAACAGAAACAAGUAGUAAUAAUGGGAGGUGCUUUUUAUCAUUUUAAUCAUAUGUAUUUUAGGGGAUUUAGGUGCAGAGUUCCAGGGUGGGUUGGAGGGGGAACCACAGAAACUCCAAGGAUGGAUGGUCUCCAUUGGAGCUGCAAAAACGGGCGACCUUCGCUUGCCCUUUUGUGUUGGUUCUCUGUUUUAUGUUGUGGGUGGAGGGGAAUGUCCCUGGGAAAGGGGGUAUUGGAGGUGGGAGAGCUUUGGGCUUCAAAUACCAGGGUUUCUUUCUGUUAACUUGGAAAGUCACCCUUGCUUUUUAACAGGGUUUGGGGGAAUCUGGAUGUUGUUGGAUUUCCAUCUGCUCUAACCACAGUGAUGGAUGCUGGGAACUGUAGUCUCAUCAACAUCUGGGCAGCUACAGAUGUUACCCUUCCAUGAGGUCAGGCCAAAGGCCCAUCAUUAUGAUGGGAAGCAAGUGACAUCUCCCCAUCUGUUGGGAGUUGCGGACAACAAAUGGAUGUACGUGUCAGGGGAGUUUGGUAGCCAGAAUGAAGCUCAAACUCACUCAAGAGCAGGAUAGCAUUUUCUUAAACAUUUGGCUAAGUUCCCGUUACUGCCUGCCUUCUUUUGUUUAAAGGAAGGGAAACACUCCCAGUAAGUUGCAGGUGGGGCAAUUGCAGGUGGGUCGGUCCUUCAAAAAUCUCGCAGUUGCAUCUUGCUUCAGGGGUGUGAUCCCACAGCCAGAUUCUGUUGGCCAGGAUCUUGUGAUCUUGUGUAAGGCGAUACUUCCAAAGGAUUUGUUCCAUUCUGUUUUUAGGGCACAAUCUGGGCAAACUCCACUAUGCGGGUGGCUAACCCUGCUUGCUCACCAGAGGUUCUUGGGGCUUCCCAUCAGCCAGCAUGACCAGUGGUCAAAGACAACAAUGAUGGGAGUUCCACUCCAACAAAAUUUAGAGGGCCACAGGUGUUACUCGGCACUUCUUUCAUACAUAAGAAAUGCCCAUGAACUAGACUUGUUGGUGUUCUUUUUUGAGGGGAGGGGGGAACUUGUCACGGGAGUGUGUCCCUCUGGCCUGAGUUCGUGGCCUCCUUAGUUCACCAUCUCUGGGCACAAGUCAUCAGCUUGGGUGUUGUCGUAGGGGACAGGUGUGUGGUGAACUGGACUGGCUCGUCAGAUUUGCAGGGAUUGCUCAAGGUCAUGCUGUUUUAAUGUGCUUAGACGGCAAGUUGGGAAAUAUUGGGGCACCAUUUUUGUUGAAUGGGCUGUGUGUGCUCAGAUCUGCUCUGAUUCCUAAAAGACCAGCUGCUCCUCAAGAGUGCCUGUAAUAGGUGCGUCUUCUCAGAGCAGAUGUAUUUUCUCCAAAUGAAAAAUAAAAUAAAAUCAUAUUGUUAA